GCCUCUGCGAUAGAUAAACAUGUAUCGAUUUGUCUUAUGGAUGUGUUAUCUGCGUCUGGUCUGGCCCUGGCCAGACGCUGCCAGGGCUGAUCCUUUGCUAGUGAAUAUUGUCAAUGGGCAGUUACGUGGAAGGGACAGAGGCGACUACUAUAGCUACGAGUCGAUUCCUUAUGCGGAACCACCGGUAGGUAAUCUUCGCUUUGAGGCACCGCAGCCCUACAAGUGUCAGUGGAGCGAGGUAUUCGAUGCCACCAAGCCACCAGAGUUCUGCUUGCAGUGGAGUUUCUUUUUUCAUAAUACGGUGCUUGGCAAGGAGGAUUGCUUGACCGUGAAUGUGUACAAGCCAAAGAAUGCGAGUCGGAGCAGCUUUCCCGUUUUAGCCUACAUUCACGGAGGUGCCUUUAUGUUCGGUGGAGUCAUGGAGUAUGGACAUGAGUAUUUCAUGGCCGCUGGGAAUUUCAUCAUGGUAAAGAUCACCUAUCGGUUAGGUCCGUUGGGCUUCUUAAGCACUGGUGAUGCAAAUCUGCCGGGAAACUUUGGUCUGAAGGAUCAGCGUUUGGCUUUGCACUGGAUUAAGCAGAAUAUCGCCAGUUUCGGAGGAGACCCAGAGAAUAUCCUCUUAAUGGGUCAUUCCGCAGGUGGCGCUUCAGUCCACUACCAACUUUUGCAUGGAGGACUUGAUGGUAUGGUUAAGGCAGCUGCUUCGCUAAGUGGAACUGCAUUGUGUCCCUGGGCUAAUCAAUAUAACGAAAGACAAAAAGCGUUUAAGAUCGGACAUAUUUUGGACUGUGACACGAAGGGCAGUUCGUUGGAACUGAAGAAGUGUCUGCAAUCAAAGGAUCCGAGGGCUAUUGUCGGCGCUGUGGAACAGUUUCUGGUAUUUGGCUAUGUACCUAUCGCGCCCUUUGCCCCAGUUGUUGAGACUGCCGACACAGCGGAGCCUUUUAUCACCCAGCAUCCAGCAGACAUUAUGAAGAGUGGAAAAGAUUCACAAAUUCCUUGGCUUAUGUCCUAUACUCUGAACGAGGGUGGCUUUAACGCGGCACUUUUUCUAGAAAAAGACGACGAUGACCGGGAACUUAUUGAAGUGUUAAACACUCGCUGGAACGAAUUGGCACCAGAUCUGUUAUUUUAUCGCCAUACAAUGAAUAGCUCCGACGACUUGAACAGGUAUUCUCAGGAGCUGAAGAGCCAAUAUUUGGGAGAUCGUGACUUCAGCUUCGACAGUUAUUUGGACUUACAACGCAUGUUUACGGAUGUCUUGUUUAAGAACGCGAUUCAAAAAGUUAUCGAACUAAAUCAUUCGCAGCGUAAGAGUCCACUUUACACCUAUGUUUACGAUAAUCCUCCUGAAUCAGGCUUAGGAAACUGGAUAUCUGGAAGAACUGACGUUUUUUUUGGCACUGUGCAUUGUGAUGAUCUUUUCCUCAUCGUCAACACGUUGCUACAUGGAAAGCUGCGUGCGGAUGAACAGGUUAUAUCUAAAAACUUUCUACAAAUGCUGAUAGACUUUGUGGAAAGCGACAAAGGUCUACUCACCUACGAUAAAUGUGAAUUUAAAGUUAUAGUAGGCAAAAGUAAGAUUGAAUUGGUUUACAUAACGGGCGAGGAUUGUGAGAAUAAGCAAGUGGAGAAAAUUCCGUAAGUCUCC